AAACUUCCGCCUAGUCUCUUCCUUACCCGAAAUUCCCUUACACCCAUUGAGUCGAUUUCUGAUUUUCUAGUCUUCCAGCAUAGCAACAAGUGAUUUGAUGGCUGAGGAGAUUACAUCCAACAGUUAUGAAGAGGCUCGCAAGCAACAACUACUUGAGAACCAAAAGAGAUUCGAGGAACUGGGAAUCUUGAAGAUUACUAAAAGCCUAUCAGAUAUUUCAAAAUCUGAGAAGAAGUCCAAGCAACGUGAAGUGAAACUAAAAAUAAGAAAUUCCCCAAUAACAGAACCAAGGCGUUCAACGCGUGAACGCAAUCCCAUUGUUUCAUAUCAUGAUGAUGUUGAUAUAGGUCUCCCAUCUGUGAGGAGAUCAAAAUCCAAUUCUUCAUGGGCAAGUUAUCUUGCAAGACCAUUGGAAGAAGUCAAAAUGGCAAGAUAUGAAGAAAGGGUUAAAGCAAUGAAGUCUGCAGAGAAACUCCAAAGCAAUUUGCAGUCUGAAUUUCCAUCUUUUGUAAAGUCAAUGCUCCGUUCUCAUGUUUACAGUUGCUUUUGGUUGGGGCUACCAUUGUCAUUCUGCAAGACACAUCUUCCAAAGUCUACAGUGAAUAUGAUACUAGAAGAUGAAGAUGGGAAUGAAUAUGAUUGUGUAUUUAUUAGUGAGAGAACUGGAAUCAGUGGUGGAUGGAGAGCAUUUGCUUUAGAACAUAAACUGGAUGAUGGUGAUGCUUUGGUGUUUGAAUUGGUGGAGCCAAAAAGAUUCAAGAUUCAUGUAGUUAAAGCAUCAGAUGGUGGAAGUGUAGAUGAUGAUGAUGGUGGUGUUGAGGAAGAAGAAGAUGUUGAAACAAAAAAGCCUUCAAGGGGAAGACCUAAGAAGCGCAAAACAACAGAUGAGAGUCCAAAAGAAAACGGGAAAAAGUCAACUGCAAAGAAAGGAGGUCAACACGAAAAGCCAAAGAAGUCAAAUGAAACUGUAAUGGGUACUCGGCGUUCUACUAGAGGGGUGAAAAACUGAUUCAAGUAAGUGAUUUUAGUAAAAGAUUUUGAUCAUUUUCAUCUAUGAUCUCAUAGAUAUUGGCAUGAAUGUUGUGACAGAAGCUCAUGGCUUCACUUAGUAUUAGUUUCAAUAUGACACUAAUUCUUCUUAAAAUUAUUAUGGAAAUGGCUUGAAAGCGCAUUAUGAUUUUAAUUA